UUUGUUUGAGAGCUUAUUUAUAGGCCACGCCUACUAAUCCCAAAGCCUGGGUUGGGAACCACUGCCCCUCCUCCAGCCUCUCCCCUAGAACUCCAGGGCUAAACUCCUCAGUCUGCAGCGGAACAGAGUUCAAACUGCUUUGCAGGACAUUUCUGAUUUCCCCAGCCAAAAGCUCAGAACAGAAGAGACGAUGCCAAGCAAGAGGAAGAAGAACAGGAGGAGGAUGAGGAGAGUGCGGGCCCAGCGGAGGGCGCUAGAGGAGCAGCAAGGGUCUGCAGGGAAAGGAACCUCUUGUCCAAGAGUUUAUAAAGACUCUAAGGGUCCAAAAUCAGCUUUAACUACAACUUCAGUGGAGGACCUUCUGCAGGCUCCAGUGCAAGCCCUAGCUGAUGUCUGUGAUUCAGUCCAGCGGUUUGAAUAUCAUCAGGCUAGACCUCCACGCAGUGUUCCAGCCCCAGUAGAAACAACCACAGAGGCUUCAGGAGAAAUGGUUGCUGAGGUUCUAGUAGAAAUAUCUGGACAAACUCCAGCAGAAGCAACUGUAGAGGCUCCCGAAGAAACGAUUGCAAAUACUCUAGGAGCAACAAUUGUAAAGGCUUCAGGAGAAACAAAUGCAGAGGCCCCAGGAGGAAAUAUUGCAGAGGCUCCAGAAGAAAAAGCUGUACAGACUCAAGGAGAAAUGAUUGCAGAGGCUCGAGAAGAAAUAACUAUAGAGACUCCAGAAGCAACAAUUGCAGAGGCUCUAGGUGAAACAAUUGCAGAGGACCCAGGAGAAACAACUGCAGAGACUCUAGGAGAAAUAUUUAAAGAGGCUCCAGGAGAAAUUACUACAAAGCCUCCUGGAGAAACAGCUGCAGAGGUCCAAGAAGAAAUGUUUGCAAAUGCUUCAAGAGAUACAUUUGCAGAGACUCCAGUAGAAACACCUGUUGAGGAUUCAAGAGAAAUGUUUUCAAAGGCUCCAAAAGAAACAAUUGCAGAGGCUCCAGUAGAAACACCUGUUGAGGCUUCAGGAGCAACAACCGCAGAUGCUUCAGGAGAAAUGUGUACAGAAGCUCUAGAAGAAGCAUAUGUAGAGAUUCCAGAAGCAACAACUGCAGAGACUCAAGGAGAAAUGGUUACAGAGGCUCUAGAAGAAGCAUAUGUAAAGAUUCCAGAAGCAGCAACUGCAGAGACUCAAGGAGAAAUUAUUACAGAGGCUCCAGAAGAAGCAUAUGUAGAGAUACCAGGAGCAACAACUGCAGAUGCUUCAGGAGAAAGUUUUAGAGAAGCCCGAGGAGAAAUGUUUACAGAGGCUCCAAAAGAGGCAUAUGUAGAGAUUCCAGAAGCAGCAACUGCAGAGACCAGAGGAGAAAUGGUUACAGAGGCUCCAAAAGAAGCAACUAUAGAGAUUCUAGAAGCAGCUACUGCAGAGGCUCCAGGAGAAAGGUUUACAAAGGCUCCCAGAGAAACAAUUUCAGAGUCUCAAGAAGAAACACUCUUAGAGGCCCCAGGAGCAACAACCGCAGAGGCUUCAGGAGAAAUGUCUACAGAGACUUCAAGUAAAUCAACUUUAUAUACUCUAGAGGCAACCACUGUGGAGGCUCCCGUUGAAAUGUCUACAGUGUCCCCAGUAAAUAUGUCUGCAGUGACUCCAGGAGAAAUAAUUACAGAGACUCAAGCAGAAGCAACUGCAGAAACCCCAGGAAAAACAACAAUAGAGGCUAUAGUAGAAGAAUCUGUAGAAGCUCCAGCAGAUACAGUGGCAGUGGAGGAGGAAAAUAUCUUCAUUCCAAACCUUGAGAUAAUGGUAAAAGCUGAGGAACAGACUAUACCUCAGGUGGUCAGAGCCAAUGAAGCUGGGCCAACCAAGUAUGAGUCAGGGGCUGAAACUGAAACAGUCUCCAAGUUACAAUCAGACAUUGGUGAAGCUGAAGCUGUGUAUGCUGAACAGUGGGAGAAAUCUGCUUCAGAAACUGCAGUGGAACCUUUACCUGUUCUAGAGGAACAGAGAGAACCCUCCCAGGAAGAAACUACAGGGAGAGUGACUGAGAUAAAGGAAACACUGCUGUCCCAGUCUACUGAAGCUGAAACCAGAGGAGAGUUUUCCAUGGAAACAGAUGCUGCAGAGGAACCACUGGUGUGUUCUUUCCCGGAACCUGAACUUCUAUCAGGGCAGAUCACACACACCAGCCCCUCACACACACAGGAAGCUGCUUCAAGUGACCCAUCCACUACAGAUGACCCUGCAGAUGAUCCUGUUGAUGAUCCUGUAGAUGAUCUGAUGGAAGAGCCAGUAGCAGAAAUGCAGAGUCACACACACCUCAGCUCUAUGCGGGUGGACGGCCCGGACUCUGUCGGGGGACUUCUGGCUCCCGCUGAAGUCUUUAUUGAGGGUUAAACUUGACCGGAGGGGAGGAACCGCUGGUGAUCUGGAUCUGCUGAACUGUGCAUUUCUGUCUUUAAACAGUGUCAGAUAUUGAUUAUUAUUACUCUAAUGGGUGCUGAUCAGUUUUGGAAUUAUUCAUUACAGCUGGCAGAUAAAUGUAUGUUUUAUAUGUGUAUUAAAACAGUUGUUGUAUUUUGGAGGAAACCGAAAAAAGUGUUUGAAUUUGGUGAUCUGGACUGAUUGGAUUAAUCAAUACAAGAUUAACUCAAACUAAACUUAACCUUAUUAGAAACACUGUUACUUCCAUUAUUAUGAUCCAUUAUUGAAAAAGAAUGUUUUUUUUUUGUUGAUACAUUAUUUACAGAUUCCUGCAGCUGGUCCUCUUUUACUAUCCUUACGUUUUUUUUAUUUGAUUUUCCUUUAGAUUAUUUUUUUCAUGAAUUGCAUAGACUAGGUCUUUGGUGCUAAACUGCCAGUGUGUUUGGAAGGGUAGAGAAGCUUCAAUUGGAAUAAAAAAAUAAUUUCCCCCCA